CGGCUGGUGGGAGUGGCCGGGUGUGGCGCUGGCGACCUUCGGGAGGGAGGGGUGACCUUUGUCUUGCGACCCGAGCCGGCACCGAGCUGGACUUCAGCACGAUCCUGUUGUGGAUCCCUUUUUGUCCUCUGCUAGGCCUUCACCCGCACGCGUGGGAGUCCGGAGACGUGCGUUUUAUUCCAGCCAGCGUCACUGAUCGGCUCUCUCUGACCUUGGGCGGGAUAUGUCCUUUCGUGGGCUUCAGCUGCUUUAAUUAGAAGAUGGAAGUUGUAUUCACAGGGAUUAUGAGCUCCUUAAGGGCUGGAACUGACUUUUAUUAGUGUAUAUACAUUGUUGCUUGUCCUGGCACAGAACUGUACAGUGUGGGUACUCUGUGCCUACUUAAGUUGUUUUGGGUCACGAAGCCUUUGAGAAUCUGAUGAGAGCUCUUGAUCCCCACCUCCCACCUCUCUAAAUCCCGCCCCCCAGGCCCCCCUCUUUGCUCAGAUACAGGACAUUGGCUUAUUGUUUCAGAUAUUUCAUAUACUGUUUCUGCCCGUGGAUCCCAGAGCUUGGCCUGUGGGACUGUAUUAGGAAUCUUGGAAGCACUGCCAACAUGUCUGACGUUCAAGAAGCCACUAACCAACUUCUGGAUGUGAACCUUCAUGGGAACCAGAGGUCUAUACAAGUGACAGAAAGUGCUCCCAGAAGUGAGUCUGAGCACCUCCAAGUCACUAUUGGAGCCACUGUACCUACCGGUUUUGAGCAAACAGCUGCAGAUGAAGUGAGAGAGAAAUUGGGGUCAUCGUGCAAAAUCAGCAAAGACCGGGGCAAGAUAUAUUUUGACAUUUCAGUGGAAAGUCUGGCUCAGGUUCAUUGUCUGAGAUCAGUUGAUAACUUAUUUGUGGUUGUUAAGGAGUUUAAAGAUUACCAGUUCAAAGAAACAAAGGAAGAAGUUUUAAAGGAUUUUGAAGAGUUGGCUGGGAAGCUUCCAUGGUCAGAACCUUUAAAAGUAUGGAAUGUUAACACCAGUUUCAAGAAAAAAAAAACAAAGCGCAAAAAGAUAAAUCAGAAUUCAAGUAAAGAGAAGAUUGAUAAUGGACAAGGAGAUAAAGCAGAUGAGAGGGAUGAUAAAAAAGGAUUCACCAACAAAACCUUAGAUUCCCGUAUCUUAGACUAUUACGAAAAUCCAGCCAUUAAAGAAGAGAUAUCAACAUUAGUAGGGGAUGAUUUGGCAUCUUGCAAAGAUGAGACUGAUGAAGGCUCAAAAGAAGAAACUCCUGAGGUGCUGAAGUUUAGAGUCACAUGCAACAGGGCAGGAGAAAAACACUGCUUUUCCUCAAAUGAGGCUGCAAGAGAUUUUGGGGGUGGUGUUCAAGAUUAUUUUAAGUGGAAGGCUGACAUGACCAACUUUGAUGUGGAGGUUCUUUUGAACAUCCAUGAUAAUGAAAUUGUUGUGGGCAUUGCAUUGACAGAAGAGAGUCUCCAUCGAAGAAAUAUCACACAUUUUGGACCUACAACUCUGAGAUCUACUCUUGCCUACGGGAUGCUCAGGCUCUGUGCUCCUCAACCUACUGAUAUAAUAGUUGAUCCGAUGUGUGGAACAGGGGCAAUACCAAUAGAGGGGGCUACUGAAUGGUCUAACUGUUACCAUAUUGCUGGUGAUAAUAAUCCGUUGGCUGUGAAUAGAGCGGCAAAUAACAUCUCAUCUUUAUUGACCAAGAGCCAAAUUAAAGAAGGCAAAGUGUCCUGGGGCUUGCCUAUAGAUGCUGUUCAGUGGGAUAUCUGCAAUCUGCCAUUGAGAACCGGUUCUGUGGACAUUAUUGUAACAGACAUGCCAUUUGGAAAAAGGAUGGGCUCCAAAAAGAGAAACUGGAACCUUUAUCCAGCUUGCCUACGGGAGAUGAGCCGCGUCUGUAGACCAGGGACAGGCCGAGCUGUGCUACUUACUCAGGACAAGAAAUGCUUUACCAAGGCAUUAUCCGGAAUGGGACAUGUUUGGCGGAAGGUGCAUACUGUCUGGGUGAACAUAGGGGGUCUUCAUGCAGCAGUUUAUCUUCUGAAACGUACACCUCAAGCUUUUGUUCAUCCUAUAGAACAAAAUGGGGAAAGAACUCCUUGGUGAUGCAAAGAAUAGAGAUGGUUUAUGGUAUUUGUGCCUCUUGACACUGGGAAUGUCAGCAUGUAGUAUUUGGUUUGAGAGAAAAAUAGCGUUAAUAAAAUUGCAGAUUAAAUUGGUCGAAAGCUCUUCACCUUAAUUAGCAAAAGAAAUUGAAAGUCUUAAGCAGAGCUUUGGAGCUUUUUUCAAGGAGUAGCUAGGCAAUUACUACUGAAAAUGCUUUCAAGAUCCAAAGGCUACUAAAAUGCUCCGGGAUUUGAGUUUCGAGUAUUUCUUUUCAGGCUUCAUAGCAGUUCCUAUUUUCCAUUGUAGCAGGUAAAAAGCUACCCUGGCUUAAUGGAAAAGAAAAGAACAUAAUCAGAACAUUUUGGGCCACACUGCAUUGUCUAUGCAGCUUUGCUCUUUAGUUUUUUGAGUUGGCUUUACCUCACCUUUAAAAAAAUGAAGCAUUUACAUUUUGUGAAAUAGUGUUGGCCCCAUGACAAGAUGAAAUCUCACAAGACCAACUGGAAAGUUUACCAUCUGCCUUACAAAUUAAAAUAUGCAUGUUAUUGAAAUCAAUACAUGAAAAUAGAGGACUAGGACUGAUUAAAGGAAUGGCAGAUAUUUUACUGUUAGCAGUAUAGGACAUUGCUGUUGUAAACAGCAAAUACACUGAUGGGACCAACAAGCCAAACUUAAUUUUUCUAUCAGCACAGAAAGUCACACAUUAACCUGCCAAAAGUAUUUUUGUUUUUAAAAUGACUGCAGACACACUGAUGUAUCUUUGAAUUAAAAACUUUAUGAGAAUUCUAUUUUCUCUUGGAUCUGUAUUCAUAUUUAGCUGUUUUUCCAGUUGCAGAAAACUGAGACAGUAGAAAGUAAAAAGAACAUUAAGUCCUUG